AGCUACAAUAGGUUACGAUGUAUUCCAGUUCAUGCAUUUAAUGGCCUUAAAUCUCUCCGAGUAUUAACGCUUCAUGGCAAUGAUAUAUCCAGUGUCCCUGAAGGGUCUUUUAAUGAUCUUGUGUCACUUUCCCACCUGGCACUCGGUACAAAUCCUUUACACUGUGACUGCAGCCUGCGCUGGCUUUCAGAGUGGGUAAAAGCAGGUUAUAAAGAGCCCGGCAUUGCACGGUGUAGUAGUCCAGAUGACAUGACAGACAGGCUUUUGCUAACUACACCAACUCAGCAUUUCCAAUGCAAAGGAGUUGUUGACAUUGGUAUUGUGUCCAAAUGUAACCCUUGCCUAUCUACUCCCUGUAAAAAUAAUGGGACUUGCAACAAUGACCCCAUGGAUUUUUACCGAUGCACUUGCCCAUUUGGCUAUAAGGGUCGAGAUUGCAGCACACCUAUUAAUGCUUGCAUUCAGAAUCCAUGCCAGAAUGGGGGAACCUGCCAUCCUACUGACACAAAUCAAGAUGGAUUCAGCUGUUCCUGCCCUACUGGAUUUGAAGGGAAGAAAUGUGAUCUGAAUCCAGAUGACUGUCAAGAUAACGAUUGUGAGAACAACUCAACUUGUAUGGAUGGGAUAAACAAUUACGCUUGCCUUUGCCUACCCAACUAUACAGGAGAACUCUGUGAUGAAGUAAUCGAUCAUUGUGUGCCUGAACUAAACCCUUGCAAACAUGAAUCCAAAUGUAUUUCUUUUGAUAGAGAAUAUAAGUGUGAAUGCUUACCAGGUUACAGUGGAAAGCACUGUGAAACAGAUGAUGAUGACUGCAUGGGACACAAAUGCCGCCAUGGUGCCAUGUGUGUAGAUGCUGUAAAUGGAUACACCUGCAUUUGUCCUCAAGGAUUUAGUGGACUCUUCUGUGAAAAUCCACCACCCAUGGUUCUCCUCCAAACCAGUCCUUGUGAUUAUUAUGAAUGCCAAAAUGGAGCGCAAUGUAUUGUUGUGCAGCAGGAACCAGUCUGCCGUUGCCUGGCAGGUUUUGCUGGCCAGAAGUGUGAGAAACUCAUUACCGUCAAUUUUGUUGGGAAGGAUUCCUACGUUGAGCUUCCACCAGCCAAAAUCCGUCAAGCAAACAUCUCGCUUCAAGUAGCAACUGAUAAGGACAAUGGCAUCUUAUUAUACAAAGGGGACAAUGAUCCCCUGGCUUUAGAAUUGUAUCAAGGGCAUGUGAGACUUAUCUAUGACACAGUGAAUGCUCCACCUACAACUAUAUACAGUGUGGAGACAGUAAAUGAUGGACAGUUUCAUAGUGUGGAACUGGUGGUGUUGAACCAGACCUUGAAUUUGGUCGUAGAUAAAGGCACUCCCAAAAGCCUUGGCAAACUGCAGAAGCAACCCGUGGUUGGUCAAGACACUCCACUCUACAUUGGAGGAAUUCCGACAUCUACAGGGCUGUCUUCAUUGCGGCAAGGUACAGAGAGGACACCAAGUGGCUUUCACGGAUGCAUUCAUGAUGUCCGGAUUAAUAAUGAGCUCCAGGACUUCAAAGAACUACCACAUCAGUCAGUAGGAGUCCUUCCUGGUUGCAAAUCCUGUAACAUCUGUAAGCACGGAAUUUGCCGUUCUCUUGAAAAGACAAGUGUGGUCUGUGAGUGCCAUCCAGGCUGGACAGGUUCACUGUGUGACCAAGAACUUAACGAUCCCUGCCUUGGUAACAAAUGCCUCCACGGGAAGUGCAUUGCCACCAACUCUGCUUAUACGUGCAAGUGUAUAGAAGGUUACACAGGUAUGCACUGCGAUCGAAAGAAUGAUUCCUCCAACUCCUGCAGACUUCUAAAAUGUAACCACGGACAGUGUAAGAUUUCUGCACAAGGGGAACCCUACUGCGAAUGUGAUCCAAGCUUCAGUGGAGAGCGUUGCGAUAGAGAAAAUGUCUGUCAAGGAGAGAUUAUUCGUGAAUUCAUUCGGAAGCAACAAGGUUCCGUCUCUUGUGUCUCCAUGGUGAAGGUACCUCGUGUGGAAUGUCAUGGCACUUGUGGGAACAAUCAGUGUUGUGUUGUUCUUCGCAGCAAAAGGCGGAAAUACGGUUUCCAGUGUGUGGAUGGUUCCUCCUUUACAGAAGAGCUAGAGAGACAUGUGGAGUGUGGCUGUGCAAAGUGUUUAUAAGCUCACGAUCAGCCUCUUUGCCCUUUGUAUCAAAUCUGCUUUCAAACACAGGACCUAUUUACUUUUAAGUGAAGAAGAGAAUAUUAAGUAUAUUGUAAAAUAAGCAAAAAAAGUUAUUUUUAUUAUGAAAAGUGACUAUUUUCAUCUUUUAUUAUAUAAAAUCUGACCAUUCUGGGUAUAUGUAUCAUAUAUGAGUUAUUUUUACUAUGGAUUUUU